CGCGCGGAAAAGUCAUUGCUUUGCCCAAUAUCUGACCACAUCUUGCCAUCAAUCUGAUCCACACAGAAGCGCCCGCAGCUUUGGACUGUUGCAAUUACGGCCAUCAAGACAGACUCGGUAAAAGUGAUAGACCUGCAGACUGUAAGAAUGUUACUCAACGAGCAGGCUGCCAUUUCAACCUCUAAGGUUUUGCUUGUACCGUAUUCCAAGUGGCAUGUUCCAAGAUAUCAUGAAUGGAUGAAGGAUGAGGAAAUCCAAGAAGCCACGGCUUCCGAGCCCCUCUCGUUGGAAGAGGAGUACGCCAUGCAGCAGAGCUGGCGUCAAGAUCCCGACAAAUUGACGUUCAUCGUCUGCCAGCCUACGACCACGACGACUGGGCUAAAGUCCGGCGAAGAAACACUCGAUCACUCCGCAGACGACUCCAGCUGCAUGGUGGGGGACAUUAACCUUUUCCUCCGCGUUGACGACGGCGAGGAAGGGGAGUCGGAGCCCCAGCUCGUCGGGGAGAUUGAGCUCAUGGUCGCCGAAAAGCGAAACCAACGGCAAGGGUUCGGCAAGGCCGCGCUCUAUACGUUUCUGCGGUACAUCGUGGACCACGAGAAAGAGAUCUUGGAGGAGUUUGUGGCGGGAGAUACCGCCGCGGCACAGGCGCUGAUGGCGGGUCAGGGGCAACGACGACCCUGGCAUUUUGCGUGCCUCAGUGUGAAGAUCGGGCAGUCAAAUGAACGGAGUUUGGCGCUAUUCGAAGGAGCGCGGUUCCAGAGGGUCACCGCAGAGCCGAAUUAUUUUGGCGAAUUUGAGUUGCGGCGCUCGCGGGAAACCUUGGACCGGGGGGCGGUUGAUGAGAGUCUCGAUAGGGCUGGGGUAACGGGGUAUAUCGAGUUGAAGUAUACGAGGCAGCAAUAAAUGGCUUUGUGGUCUAUGCUGUUGUUGGGUUUCGGAAGGACUGGUGACAUCUCUAGUCGAACGCACACUCUACUUCAAUGUGGCUUACAACUGACCCCGUGUUACGAUGAAAGUCUACAAUACGCGAAAUGUUGUGCAACAAGCUAGACAUCACCUGCUCCAUUGACAGAAGCAACAGCAACAACAACAGUCAAGAGCCACGGAGCUUUCAACUGUUCUUCUUGUUUCGCUUUAUUCAAGCCGCGUGGAUUCGAGACAGCUCUGACGAAAACCAAUUGCUAGCGAAGAAACCCCAGUCAUGUUCAAGAUAUACGCUGGGGAUCCCAACAUGCCAAUUGAUCAUCAGCAGCUCGGUCGUCGAAAGGCUGAGUUACACUCGUGUCCCGCGCUUCGCCCACAAAGCGAAUGCAUCCACGCAAGAUGAACCCUGUUGAAGGUCGAU